AGAGUCUGAAUAGCUUCCACCUUAUCUGCAAUGGUCAAAAUUCCUCCACAUUUUCCUUUCAACUUUCAUCCAACAAAACACAUAAUUCAAAACCAAAAAUGGCAACAAACUUCCACAAAACCCCAAUCCUUCACUCAAUUUCUCUUACAAAUCUCUUCCCAAUACUUCCCAGCAAUCCAAAACCAUCUCUCACCAACACCCCUUUCUCUUUCCCAUUAAUCCAUAAAUCACCCAAUUUCAAAACUUGUCUCCCUCGCCCUGGCCCCAAUCGUUGCGCUGCUCGGCGGAGAGUUCGUUACGACGACGACGACGAAGAUGAAGAUGAAGAUUACGGCCACAACCAUCAGAUUGCACUGUUGGAAUCCUACACUCAGGCCGCCACAGGAGAAGCACUCAUCGUUCAUGCCAUGGUUGACGGUGACCAUGUUGAAGUUCUUGUCUUCAAGGGAUUCUCAUCAAGUUUGAGCUAUGGGACAUCACCUGAUCCAUCAAGAAGUGUUCUUCCCGAAAGAGCAAUCAUUAAAUUCAUUGAUAGAAUCAAAGGCCCAUUUGAUCCAUCAAAUAUCCAAUACAUUCAGAAGGGUAUCACUUGGAAUUCAUUUAACUUCCUCAAUUAAUUCAUAUCAACUUCUUUUCUUCCCAUUCAUUUUUACCAUUUUCUUAACUUUAA